GUGUAGCUCAGCAGCGAAAGCUCAGUAGGGAAAGCUCUGGCGAUCUGGCGCAGCCGGACUGCCCCUCGCAUCAGGCAGCCAUCAAAUACUUUCCUACCGGGCGUGUGCGCCCACCAGGCUGACAAAACAUCUCGUGCUUCCCACCUUUAAAAUGCCAUGAGCAUUAACGCCUACUUCGCUAUAAUACUCCAACGGUACAUCGCAUCCCAGCCCCGAGAUAGAGCGACGCACCAGACACUCUGAGCUCUGUUGUCAGACCUCCGAGCCGUCAUGUCCUGCGAACGUCCUGCAACGACCCCUUCGUGGGCCGGACAAGAUGCGUCACAGGCCUCGCCCAGUACAACCAUCGACAUGGCAGUCAACUUCAUGCUACCCAAGGAGCAUCAGACCCAGGACGACUUCACAACCACGGCCAUGCACGACAUGGACGUCAACUGCGUCCAAACAGCCGCCAGCGAUAUGUGCCAGGGCGACGUCCUGAUCUUGCUCAACAUCCCUCAGCACAAGGCGAACAGGACCUGCAGUGGCGGGAGGUUUCCGCCUUCCUAUCGCCUCCGCUUCGCCUCGGGCAUCUUGCGCAACUGCGGAUUUGACUUGUUUCCUCGUCUAUUGGAUAACAAGAAGUACCAGGCCAGGAUCCGCGCGUCUCUGAUGGCCAAGGAGCCGGUUCCUGAGGGCAUCGAGUAUAUACUCGACCUCGGACCCUCCAGCGACGAUGACGUGCGCUCGUCUCACCUUGAGACCCUCACUCUGUCCAAGGGCCUGAUGCGCUGGUUUAGAACCGCCCUUGUGCCGCCCAGGAUCAACAAGGCCCUCGUCUCGGGUCACGAUGACAGAUGCGAGUGUGCCAUGAGCGACCACCCCUCGGCUUUUUCUCAAGAGAGACCGCCCGCCCGGCAGCUGCAUGGCUGCCUCUGGGAUGACCUGGGUGAUGAGCUUCGAUUCCGGAACACCAUGGAGGACUAUUGCGAGGUUCGCCACGCGGCCAACGUUAUCCGGUUGCUGAGGAGGAUACUGGGCGGCGGUGGGAUGUCAGGCGGCGGUGAGCUGAUCCUCGACUCGGCUCCCCGUGUCUUUACCAUUGCCGGCCUCGCCAAGCUGUUCGAGUUGAACUACUCGGAGCAGAGCACCUGGUUGCGUCGUGAUAUACGCGCCUGGUUUCUCACUGGGAUGAACAAAAGCAUCAUCGAGAUCCUCGCCGAGGAUGCCAUCGUCAUGGGAUAUCACGUAAAGAUCCCUGAAGUCACCCAUGCCGCCUACCGGAUUCUUGCGAGCGAGCACGCGCUGCAGAUCGAGAGUUCCUCGCCCCCGCCCCGCGGCGGUCACCUGACCUCCGUCUUUGGCCGUCCGCUUCGCGACAUCAACAACGAUGCGAUCCAGACGGCCAUCGAGCAUGGAGGCCGGGCUCUUGCCGAGCGCGUUCUCGGAACUGUGGCGCACCUCCGGUCGGACCAGGUUUUUGACUGGCUCGACCUCGGCGAGUGGCACAAGUUCAAGCUGCUCGAGACGAAGGCAAAGAGCUCGUUGGAAGCCGGGGCUAGGUCACAAAGCAUCGGAACCAUUCUAGAAGCCUGCGGGGCCUUGAAAGAGGCCUUGAUCGAGUUCGUUCGCGAGCGCGUCUUGGACGCGCUGUAUAUUCAGGAAAAUCUCAGUAGUAUCGAUUCGUACGCCCAAGGCAUGAACUGCUUCAUCGCGUCAUCCCAGCGCACCACCCCCGAAGGCACGCCGAGGACGUGGAGGUUCUCAUACAUGUGGAGUUAUGUUCUCAAUGACAACCAAAAGGCCUUGACCUCUGCCUUUUGGAGGCGCCUAGGAUCGAGGUGGCCAGCCGUUGUGCAUGCGUCGGCGGCCAGUCACAUCGAUUUCGUUCGACUUGCCAGAGAGCUCAACGAUGCCCUCAACGACUGGGGCUUCAACAUUACUGACUAUAUCCCCGAGUACUUCGACAUCGCCCGCUUGUUCAGACAGCUUGAGGACAAGAUGAGCAACCGCAUUUGUGCACAAAUGUGGGCCUCCAGCUCAGUCGAGGAUUAUUCGACCCAGGAGUACACAACCCAGCACAACUUCGCCAUCUCAUCCCACAUGCUCCUUGGGCUGAACGACGACGAGAUGCGCUUUUUGCCCCUUUGGGCCGGCGGCCUGAACGAUGGGAGCGGUGGCGUUUACGAUAUGGGCGAGGUUCCACCGCCCAUGUCCGGUCUCGGGCCCUCCGGGCCGGGCCCCAGCUUCCACACGGGCCAGACGGUAGGAACCGAGACAACGAACUCGACCGUCAGCGACCUCGGGCUCGGCGACAUGGACAUCCAGAGCUACACGACGGAAACGCAAACCUUCCAGGCCCACCGGGGCCCCUCCUCGGCCGUCCCAUCGAGCCGUGGUCCUGGCGCCUCGGAAGACAUGGACUUCGACGACGCCCGGUACGCCGAGCCCGCGGACCACCAGCCGGUCGGCCAGGCGAUCCAGCACACGGUCGAGGCUCUAGGUCAGAGCCCGAGGACCGGCGACCCGAACCCCCUGACAGGCGUCAAUUUGCGCUCUCUCGAUGACAGCGACAUGCAAUACAUCUUUGGGGGUGGCGACGACGACGAUGAGGGAGAGUACGGAUUCGACAGCGGCUCCGCCACGCCGACUGGAUCUGCGACGAACACGAUGGACGUUGACCGCAGCUCCGAGUCUGACUGGACCAUGACCUGACCGCUGCAAAUCGGGUGCGCCAAUUUUCUUUAUACGAGGGAGCCCAGUCCUCCUUUACUCUCCUUGCUUCGAUAUCAUACUAUCUCACUCUUACUGGCUAUUUCCUGGGCGUAAUCUGGAUGGGAAACUGGGAAACGACCUCGGGGCGGCCCACUUCCUUGAAAUUGUUGACUUCGGGUUUUCGCUAUUUCUUUUUCCUUUUUUCUUUUCACAUUGAAGCCACAAAGAACACGCGCGAUACCAUGAGGGGUUGUGCCCGCUAUCUUGCUGUAUCUGGGUUUUUUUGUCGGCUUGGGGGCCUGGUGUCUGCGCUGGCGAAGGAACGGUCCGCUGUCAUUGUUUGGAGUUUGUUCCGUACCUAGGGAGUCAUCUAGGUCUCCAUCGUCGCGCAGCUGUACAAAGUACUGAAGGGGGUGACCGACCGAGAUGGUAUGCCUCUCUAUUUCCUCAGGCAUGUAUUCAGUCGGAUGUCAGAUAACCCGUAGGCAUAAUUUGAUCCCAUGGGCGACUGCGACUCGGUGCCCAAGUGAGUUUGUUAUGUAGCGUGGUCUAGGCAAUACCUCAACUCGGCGG